GUGGUGAAAAACAGCGUGUUGCAAUAGCUAGGACUAUACUCAAGAACCCCCCGAUUAUUUUAUACGAUGAAGCUACUUCGUCUCUCGACUCAAUUACAGAACAGAAUAUCUUAGACUCGAUGCAAACAGUAACCCAAGGCAAAACAUCCCUGUUCAUAGCACAUCGCCUCUCAACAGUCGUUGACUGUGACGAGAUCUUUGUCCUUGAGAAUGGUUUUGUAAAAGAACGAGGAAGCCACUAUAUGUUGCUUAGCAACCCUGAUAGUUUAUACACACAACUGUGGAACAAUCAACACAAAGCCGUGUUACAGAACUACGACGGCAGUGAGGUGGAGGAGAAUGAUUCUGAGGAACUCAAACAUUGAUAGGUUUUAACCAGUGAUGAUGCUCAUAAGGGUCAAGCAGGA